GCGACACUAGUAAUGCUCAAACUUGCGUACAAAACCUUGAUUACGAUGAGCGAUGAAGCCUUGAGUUUAUCGAACAGUGAUGAAGAAAUUUAUCUGAGAAAUCAUCCCCUCAACGACCGAAUGAUCGAAUUAGCAAAAUACAUAAUCGGUAAUUAUGACUUUAUGAAACGUUGCACUUUCCCAAUCUAUCAGUAUGCCUUACUAUUGAAUUUUUAUCAAAAGAUUGAUGGAGAGAAACUUUAUACACAAGGAGAAACCCACUUAUCGAGCAGUAUUUUGGUUCAAAUGGCAGCCUCUUUAGGUAUGAACAGAGAUCCCAGCAAAUUUGCCAAUUUUUCGUGUAAUGCAAUUUGUGGCUCUCUAGGAAGAAAAAUCUGGCAUACAUUGGUUUCUAUUGAUAAUUUCCAGUAUUUUCAGGAAGGUGUGCCUAAAUCCAUCGCAGAGUCUUCGUGUGACACAGAACUACCUCAAUUUGACCCUUCUUUUUCUAACAACAAUGACCCUAACAUUGAAAAGUUGACUAUUCAAUUGAUACACACGAGGCACGAAAUUGAGGCUGAAAUUAAACCUAUUGCAGAUAAAAUUUGUGAUAUACACAACCCACCAACUGUCCUUAGUGUACUUGAGUCACUUGAGAAUUUUGAGGAAACGCUUGUGAGCAGAUUUGAUUACCUUAAUACUUUAUUCAAAAAAUCAAAUAACAACACAUACUAUAACAGGCUCGAAAAAGUCGGUAAUACCUUGAUUGUUUUUGAAGCUAUCUCUUUUAUAUUCACAAUUCUUUUGCACCUCGGAUUGAAAUUCGAGUCAAUGAAGCAUUUUCCUGCAGCAAAGUUCUUUUCAAGCAAGAUAUUGGCCUCCUCAAUGAGCUUCUUGAGUGUUAUACCAGAGAUCGCAUCGUCAAGCCAUGAGUUUUUUGGAGUUGGAUUUGAUUUUGUUGUUAUUCCUUCAACGGAAAUAAUAAUGUGUAAAAACAUGGUAUUCAUCACCUCCAACUACGUAAAAUACUCCAUUUUCAAACAAAAGUUGUUGAAGUAUGAUCCCCUGGAUGCGGUGAAACUGAAAUUAAUCAAUCAAAUACUUCACACAGUUCUUUACGACGUCUUCUACAACAGGCAUUUAAAAGUUUUGAAGUUGUUGGCCUCAAAUUUCUUUUUCGCAUGGAGAAUUUUGAAGGCACAAUCGUACAUUUUCACUUUGCUCAAAGACGGGUUACUCUCUUACGAAAAUCAACGAGGUGCGUUCAAUUUUGUUGAAACUUACACCGCCGACGAUUUGAUGGAAACGUUGCAGCUUCUCGAUUUGAGUAAUUAUAGUAAUCCGAACAAGCCCGAUUGCUAUUUUACAUCUAUCUUGCGGAAAUACAAAGCGGACAUCUGUGAUGAAGAUCCUCGUAAUGAAGAACUGUUUUCAAACUUAAAUUUGGAGCUGAGGAGAAAGAAAGAUGAGUUGAGCAAUGACUCAACCAUGGGAAGACCUAAUAUAUGUCGCAGUCUUUUCAACAAUGAUGGAAAGUCGUCAGACAAUCUUUUUGGUUCCAUCUUUUCGGUAGAAGAUGACCAAUUCUGGAUGGACAUAUUACAGAGCAAUAAGCUAAACGAUCCUCAAAAUGGUAUUUUCCGAAUACUCGACAAUCUAUAUCCCUCUCAAAAGGGUAACUACCAACCGGAAUUAAUUUUCAGUGAUGUGGAGGAGACGCCACCCCUUCCAGAAGUGAUUGCGGAUCCUACCGUCGUUGGUAUCAAUGAUGAGAAAGACGAGUUGAAGAAUCAGUUUGUUGAUGAAGCCAUUUUUGAUUUCCUUUUUUAACAAUAUACAUAAUUCUUGUAUAUUUUCCUAUUUGGAUGAUGCAUAUUUGCUCUUUACCUCAAGCUCUUUUGACCAUUCGUUCAUUUCCAACACUAUUGAGUGCAACGAGUCGAUUUUCCGCUCGAUUUUAUCUAACAUCGGUACUGUCUUCUUUAGCUCCUCAUCAGCCUUCUUUAUAAUCUCACUAUUAGCCUUCAUUUCUGAGCAAUAUAGUUCUAAAUCUCUGAAUCUUAGUAUUGACACAUUGUUUACACUUUCCAUAACAUUCAAGUCACUCACCACGUUCUCUGUAUCGAGUUCUAAUAUUUUCUUCACACACUCAUAUGCCACUUUGAUUGAUGUCUGCGGAUCAUCUCUCAAACUAGGCCGUUCCUUCCUCCACUCAGAAUGCGGAGUAUUCGUCUCUACCAUAGUGGUAUAUAUAAAAUUCACUUUUUUCAAAAUCCUGAUUGACUCUACCUG